AUGAAUACUUUAGUUGAAAAUUUAAAAUUAUGCUAUAAUAGUACAAACUAAAAUUAAAGACAAGUAGCUGAAUAAUAAUUAGUCCAAGCCCGUUUAAUUGACCCUUAGAAUUUUUUUACAGUAUUAGUCCAAGAAUUCAUAAAUAAUAAUAAUGACACUUAAUUCAGGUAAUUUUGUUGCACUUUAAUAAAUGUUUCAAUUCACACACAAAAUAACUAAAAAUAAUUCCUCUGGAAUACACUAGAAGAUGGCUUAAAAGAAAGUAUAAAAGCUUAACUUCUAUAAUAAAUGGUUACUACAAUUCCUUAUAUUCAAAAAGCUUGUGCAAACGCAAUAUCUACAAUAUGUACUUUAGAAAUUCCCCAAAAUAAAUGGACAAACCUCAUCCCAGACCUGACUUGUAGCACUUAAUAAAAUAACGACCCUUAAAUCCGCAAGGCUGCAAUAUUAACUCUUGGCUAGAUUUGUGAUAAAUUUAAGCAACAUAAAUUAGGGACCACAUUAGACCAAAAAUCUAAAGAAAACAUGCUUACAGGUAUUCUUAUUGGCCUUUAAGAGGACGAAAAAGAUUUAGAAAUAAAAACUAAUUCUAUAAUAGCUCUUGGUGACUGUGUAGAAUUCAUGAAAGACAUUUUUUCACAAAAAGCGGUAAGAGAUUAUUCCACAAGUGUUCUUUUAUAGGCUUUAUAAAACAAAAACGAAGACAUAAAAAAACUUGCAUUACAACGAUCAUCUGACUACGUCAAAGUUUUAUACGAAGACUUCUCUGAAUAUAUCCCAGCAUUCUUAAAUGCCACAACUUUAGCCAUAAAUGAUCCAAAUGAAGAAAUGUCAUGCCCUGCAAUGGAAAUAUGGGCAACAAUAGCCACUGAAUAUCACGAAAGAAGGGAAUAAAACGAAUAAGUAAACCGUAUAGACUAACAAACGAUUCCCAACCCGAAUCAUUUUGCCAAUAUAUUCGAAAAUUUAGCCCAAUUACUACUAAAAAAUCUCACUAGAAAUUCAGAAGAAGACGAUUUUGAAUCCUAAGUCUAAGAAGGUGCCUAAAAAACCUUAGGAGCAUUAGUAGAAGUUAUUGGAGAUCCUAUAAUACCUAUUUUUACAGUUUUUAUUUCCAAUACAAUUGCUGGUUAAGACUGGAAAUAUAGAUAAGCAGCCUGUUUGGCUUUUUCUUGUUUAUUAGAGGGAAUUUCCAAAGGGGCUAUUAAUUAAUUAAUUUUAAAGGCUUUUUCUGAAUUUGUUAAAACUUUACUUGAUAAAGAAGAAAAAGUUAAAGAAAGUGGUGCUAAAUUACUAUAGAGAAUUGCUGAAUUUCACCCUGAGUGUAUUUUAAUGAGGGUUGGGUGGGAAAAUGAAUUAGAAGUGAUUGUAAACGCGUUAAAAGAUAAGGCUUUUGUGUCAAAAUAUAUAUGCAAUUUUUUUAGUUUCUUAGCUGAAAAUGUAGAAAUUAAUAAACAAAAUGCUAUUCUUAAUCAUGCUGAUGUUAUUAUUUAAAAGUUAAUUGAAAACGCUGUUAGGAAUGAUAUAAAAUAACAAGAUUAUUUCCUUAUAGAAAAAUCUUUUAUGGCAAUUUUAAAUUUAAUACAUUUCUCGAGAAAUCCAAUUUUAGGUAAAAAAUAUUUAGAUUUAUUCCUCCCUUAAUUCUAAACAACAUACCAAAUGGUUGAUGAAAGGAAAUAAUUUUUAUAAUCAGGAAUAUUAUCAGCAAUUCACGUAAUAUAAAAUAUAAAAUAUAAAUAUAAUUAAAAAUAAAAAUAGGCCUGUGAAUUAACUUUAAUUGAUAAAUUAGACUUAAAUACAGCCAAUAUGAUAUUAUAAUUAACAAUAUCUUACUUUUAAUAAAUAAAAAACGUAGAUAGUGAUGGUAUGUAUUUGAUAAGUGGUUUAGCCUAAUGUAUAGGUCCAAAUUUUAAUAAUUACAUAGAUUAAAUAUGGCCAUUUAUAACUCACGCAUUAAUCGAAAGAUAAUAAGAUUUAGAUUUAUUUAAAACAUGCAUGGGAACAGUUUCAGAUAUUUCUAGGGCUAUAGAAACAAAAAUAAGUUCUAAAAUUGAAAUUUUAAAUAUUUUAUUAAGUUUACUUGAAUCUCCUACUUUUGAUAAAUAUAAUAAAUUGCAUAUUUUUAAUUGUGUAGGAGAUAUUUUCUUAGCAGCUAAAAAUCAUGCAAAUCCUUAUUUAGAUAAAUUACUCAAUUUAUACGAUAUUGGAUUUGUCGCUUGUUAGGAAUUCUAACUGUCUACAGAUUAAGAAUUAUAAGACUAUGGGGAAUAACUUAAAGAGAGAUUAAUCGAAUCUUAUAUUUUCGUUUUACAUGGACUUAAUGAUGAAAAUUAAAAUAAAAAAAUACUUAAUAAUACUCAAAAAAUAGUUCAUUUUAUUAAAUAAACAUCGGAUAAAAACUUACAUCCUACAGUGGAUUAUAUUAAAUAUUGUUUAACUUUGCUUGUUGAUAUUGCUAAUUUCUAUAAAAAAGAUGUUAGUGGACUUAUAAAUACUGAUUUAACUAGAAACUUAAUUUUAAUUUUAAAAAAAUUCGAGUAAUAAUAAGAUGUUUUGGAUUUAAUUAGUUAUGCUGAAUAAAUACUAAGAGAAAUUUGAUAAAUAAUGCAUUUUUUUUUAAUUAUAUAAAAAAAGAAAUAUUAUUAUAUUUAUUUUUUUGUUUUAUUUUGAUAUAUAUUUUUUUUUUUAAUUUAUAAGUUUAUAUAUUU